AGUACUUAUCCUUUGCUGCACGUCUUCACUUGUGCGUCAAUCAAGACUAGUUGACCUCCCAGGUCGCGCGUGCAACUUGCGAGUAAUUAUUCGUGCCGUUUGGUGUUUUCACCAAGUCCCGCAUCCAUGACGGUAAUACGCACUCCCACUUCGGCCGCCUCGGCUCGGGUUGAACUCUUUCGCGAGACACAAUUCACAAAAACCCAUCCUAAGCAGCCGCUUCCCUCGCCGGCGAGCAUCCGAGAACGCAACAGAAAAACUGGCCACCCCGAUGCAACUGACCCGAACGGACCUCCCCCUGUCAAGAUUCCGGAACUGGGCCUGCUCGUCAAAUACGGCCGCUUCGUUACCCGAGCCGAGCUUGAAGCCCAGCGAUACGUCUUCAAGCACCUGCAAGGCCGCGUACCCGUGCCCGAGGUAUUUGGGUGGGCGCAGGAUGAUGGCCAGGGCUUCAUUUACAUGGCGUUGGUCGACGCUCCGACCCUGGCUGCGCGCUGGAGCAGCCUGAACGAGGGGGAGAAACGUGCUCUCUGUAAGGAGUUAAAGGGCAUGGUGAAGGCGUGGAGAGGUCUGAAACAAGACCCACGAGACAUUUAUAUUGGCGCGGUUGGCCAACUGCCGCUCAACGACAUUACUGUCAAAGACAGGAAAAAGCUGCACGGUCCUUGGCCAGGCCCCAAUCCUGUGCACGCCUUCCAGACCGCCUGUGAUAUAGAUAUUUCCGGACAGAUAUCCAUCGUGUUCACCCAUGGCGACCUAGUUCCCUGCAACAUCCUCGUAACCAAGGGGUCGAAUCCCAGAGUCGCCGCCGUCAUUGACUGGGCUCAGGCUGGAUGGUAUCCGUCGUACUGGGAAUGGUGCAAAGCAAAGUGGGUCGAUAUGGCAUCGAACCUUGGCAUGAGCAGCACGGAUCAACAGCAAUGGCGGCAGCAUUACCUGCCAGAUAUUAUCGAACCGCUGUCCGACGAAGCCGUUUACUUCCCCUGGCUGCGGUUUCAACUUGCUAAUCUCUGAUGGUAAACCAACGUCGGUGAUCACUGUGGAUGGAGGCGAUGAUAUUGAGGAUGCGUAGAUGAGAAGAACCAAAUCUUAAGUGUAAACUUAUAUUUCCUACUACUCCGUACUAGGGUAGUCUAGCAAGGACGAUAUUAGACUUGUUGGUCGCUUGAUGGUACCCAG